GGAGUGACGCGGAUGAAGUUUGUCUCUUGCGAGUCGCCAUCCGCGCAGGACCCUUUCCCCUUUCCCUCUCUCCUAGCGAGAUUUCCCUUUAACUUUUACUGUUUUUACGUUUUAAAUCCAGUGCCUUUGGUUCGUCAUCUCGUUAGUCUUCUUAGUUAUAAUCUGCGUGUAAUAGGCACGAUGUUCACGUCCACCGGUUCGAGGGGAUUGUAUAAAGCACCCCUGUCCAAGAGCUUACUGCUGCUUCCUCCAGUCCUCACUGUGCUGCUGACUGUGCUUCUGCCUCAGUACCAGGAUCUGUUCAUAUACAACCUCCAGGCUGUCAGCCAGGGCAAGCAGUUCUGGAGGCUGGUGUGUGGACGGCUCAUCUGCUUGGACCUGAAAGACACUUUCUGCAGCAGUUUGCUGAUCUACAACUUUCGUAUUUUUGAGAGAAGGUUUGGCAGCCACAAAUUUGCUUCCUUCCUCUUUGGAGCAUGGAUCCUCUCUGCUCUUGUGGACUUGCUGCUUAUAGAGGCUCUUCACUUCAUGUUUGAACUAAAAGUAGAUGUUCUUCCAGCUGGACUACUGGGCCCAGUCUUUGCUCUCUUUGUGCCUUUCUACAGCUCCAUCCCACGUGUUCAGGUCACUCAGCUUCUCGGCCACAUCUCAAUCACAAACAAAUCUCUGACGUACAUUGUGGGUGCACAGCUCCUGACCUCAAGUGCCUAUAUGUGGGUGGUUGCUUGCAGUGGACUAAUUGCAGGCAUGUUGUAUUAUAAUAAUAAGUUGGCAGUCCAGAAGUUCAUACGUGUUCCAGGAUGGGCAGCCAGAUGUGGUUCGGUGCUCCUAGAGCCGGUCUUCUCCGAUUCUGAGCCCACUGCAGAAGCUCCGCUGGGAAUGGGCGCUACCUUAGACAUCCAGAGACAGCAGAGGAUGGAUAUGCUGGACCAGCAACUGCUCCUGUCUCAGCUGGCACACCUCAGGAGAAAUGCACAGCAACAACAAGCUCAGCAGACGGGUCUCCUGAAUUGGAACAGAUUCUUCCCGAAUCUAAGACACAGAGGACAGAACCGGGAACGUGAGGGUCCCCAGCCGCAGCAGCCCCCCAAUAUGCACCCGCCGGAUAACACCGCUGUGGCUGAGGAGCAGGUUGCAAGAUUAAUGGAGAUGGGUUUCUCAAGGAUGGAUGCCCAAGAAGCUCUCAGAGCAUCUAAUAAUGACAUUAACAUUGCAACAAACUUCUUGCUUCAGCACUGAGAUUAAAAUAAAUUGAAGAUGACUGGGAGGAGAAGGAGAAUUUUUUAUUUUUUUUUACUUCUAUUAGAUCACUAAGUUGAAAGUACUUAAGACGCAACACUGGUGUCAUAACUGCAGCUUCUGGAAGAGGUUAAGAGCGCUUAUACACAACUCACAGGAGCUGAUGAUGUCACUUCCUUUCUGACUAGACCAUGUGGCGGUCCUGCUGCUGUCUUGCAGUUCUACAAGGAGUUCACUUGCAAUUGCCACCUUCUCUGAUCCACAGGACAGAGCCAACGUGGUGGACGCUUACAUUGUGUCUCAGGGCUUGUGCCAUUUGGCAUCGUCCUUGAACAUACAUCGUCUUAUAAUAACGGAUUCUAUAAUAUAUUGCUAAAUUAUUAAACCAUGUGUUGUUUUGCUACAAGUAAACUGAAUAGAAGUCUUAAUGGAACAGUUCGUCCACAAAUGUACGCGUUGUUCUCAUGUUGUUCCUAAGCUAUGUGGUUUUUCAGUCUUCCAUGGAACACAAAUGAGGAUGUUUAUCAGAAUGCUCUGUCUGAUCUUUUCCAAAUGAUAAAGCUAGAGCGUGACAAGUGGCUGGCAAGCGUCAAAAUCAAGGACUAUAAGAUACUAUAAAAGUAGUCUGUAUGGGGUUUGUGGUUACUAUAGUCAGCGAGUCAGAAUCAGUCCCUCUGUUUUCUGCUUAACCAUUCAAAGUACUGUAGCUUGACAGGUUCUUGAAUCUCAUAAAACAGGAUAUGAGAUCUGUGGCAGAGGCCAAAUUUUAAUUUCUGUUUGUUCCUCGUGCAAAAGCCCUCAUAUGACUUCAGAAGACUCGCUUUUGAUGCUUUUUUAUUUUUGAUAGACAACAAUUUGUUGUGUGGAAAAGAGCAGCCUGAACAUUCUUUAAAGUAUCCCUUAUCGUCACAGUAUGUUUGUGUUCACAAGAGAAAGAGAGUCAUAUGGGUUUUGGAAUGACAUGAGGGUGAGUAAAUGAUGACAAAAAUAAUUUGGGGAGAAAAGUUUGUUUUUGUUUUUUUUCUUUGGGGGUGGGGGGGGGGGGUUCAAAUCUUAAAGGGCUAGUUGUAUGGCAGUGUAUUUGAAGUGCACUUGGAUCUCAUGGAUUCUUGAAGAGGCCACUGACACGCCAUUUAAUUCAGAAUGAAAACAAAUGAAUGUUUGGGAAUCAGAAAGCACGAAAAGUCAUAUUUUGUCAAACCCUCAGAGUGAUUUUUUUUAUUAUUAUAUUAUUUUAAAUUAAGCAGAAAUACACAUUUUGUCAUUGUUAUUGUGACUUUGCUGUCUGAAAAGCCUACGAAAAGUACCAUGACUUUAAUAGUGGUAAUCUGAAGAGGAAACAAGUGGAACUUUCAUGCCAUAGUCAUCCAUUUGGAAAUUUUGGUGUUAUUUUAUGAUGCCAUGAAACUUUUUCUGCACAUUGAAAAUGGAUAUUCAAAGCUUCUUAAAAAUUUUUUUCUAACAGCAUGAUUUCUUUGUGGUACAGAAAGAUAAGAUGAAAUAUUGUUUAAACAGUGUUGAUACCCAUAACUGGCAUUAAAAUGAUGUCUUUAAAGAGGAUAGCCAUUUAAAUAUAAAUUAUAAAAUGAUUAUGUUGUUAUGCUAAUAAGACUUUGUGAAUGUUUUCUUGUUUAUUAUGCAAAACUGUGUUUGAUUUUAUGUCUCAUUAAGUGGUAUUUCAAUUUUAAAAAAGUAAAAAGUUUAUAAUUGAUGUUCUGACUGCCAGAAAAGCACUGAUCCGCUCAAAUGCUAAGCGCUCCUGUCACUCUUAAGGGUCUGUGUUGAACACUCAUUGUGGUCUACACUGGGUGAGUCAAUUCUUUAAAAUAAUCUUUUGAUGAUAACAGUAAUAAUGCUAAUUUUUGGUAGCUCUUCUCUCUUCCUCUUGGGAAAAAUGCAUUUCACCAGUUUUACAGAUCGAGAUCUGGCUGAAAGGCUGAAAUUCAACAUUAAACCACCAGACUAGAUUGAACAGUCACUCAACCCAGUAGAGAAGUCUGGAGUGUGUGGUUAGGUUUGGUAUUUAAAACUCACCCCAUUCUUUCAACAGAAUACAAUGAAUAGUGACCCUGACCACACUUCUGUUCCUUUACUAAAAUCUACCUCUUUGAAAUCUGUUGUGCUGUCUAUGUCACAAAAAACUUUAAACAUGUUGUAGCUACUCUUCAAUAAUGGAUAAAUGUCCAACUUCAACAGUAAAAGCAAUUAAACACUGAUCAUGUCA